CAAACCCAUCUCUCUUCUUUUCUCUUCUCUUCUUUUUCCAUCUCUGCUUUUUCACUUCUCUUCUUUUCUCACUUCAUCCCUUCUCUCUCUCUCUCUCUCUCUACGCGUUCUCUCUUAACUACUCCCAAUCAGCCGCCGGAAAAUGCUGGAUUCCCCACCUGCACCGCGCCAAUUUCCGCGGCAGUAGCCGAAUCCAGCAAACCUAGUGAAAGCUUCCUUCGAUUGAGUGAGAAAUUCUUCCAAUUUCAUCUGAAAAAAGAGGGGUAAAAUGCCUGAGACGCUCCUACGCGUGAAGCCAGCUGAGAAUUGCGACGAGAAAUCGCUGGAUAGCUCCACCACCACCACCACCACCACGACUACGCCGAGGUCGGUGAUAAUCGUGCCGCGGAGUAAAUCUCAGGCGACGUGCAGGAGAGUGACGCCGGCGGCGAUUCCGGAUGUCGUGGAGAAGCGCCUCCCCAACGGCGAUCUGUACAUCGGGACGUUCUCGAGCAACACGCCUCACGGAUCGGGGAAGUAUCUGUGGAAGGAUGGGUGCAUGUAUGAAGGGGAUUGGAAGAAGGGGAAGGCCAGCGGCAGGGGGAAAUUCUCCUGGCCGUCGGGGGCUACGUUUGAGGGCGAAUUCAAGUCGGGUCGGAUGGAGGGAACCGGCACUUUCAUCGGGUCGGAUGGGGACAUGUACCGCGGCUCGUGGUCCGGGGAUCGGAAGCACGGCUACGGGGUUAAGCAUUACAGCAAUGGGGAUUACUACGAGGGGCAGUGGAAGAGGAAUUUGCAGGACGGGCAGGGGAGGUAUCUGUGGAGGAACGGGAAUGAGUAUAUUGGGGAGUGGAAGAGUGGGGUGAUUCACGGGAGGGGGGUUUUGGUGUGGAGCAAUGGGAAUAGGUAUGAUGGGAAUUGGGAGAAUGGGAGCCCUAAAGGGCAAGGGGUUUUCACUUGGCCAGAUGGAAGUUGUUACAUGGGAUGUUGGUCAAGUGAUUCUUCCAAGAAUGGGAAUCGGAAUCUGAAUCAGACAUUGAAUGGGACUUUUUACCCAGCUCACAAUGGGAAGAAUGGGGUUGUUUCCAAUGGGGAAGUGAGGAAUGGGGGUUUUAACGCCAAUUUCGGGUGUAAAUUGUCUGCGCCCUUGCUGGUUGUGGGGGAGGAGAGUGUGGAUAUGAUGGUGGCGGGAGGUGCGGGGAAGAAGAGGUCGUCUGUUGGGGUGGACAGGACGUUUCCGAGGCUGUGCAUUUGGGAGUCGGAUGGCGAGGAAGGGGAUAUAACGUGUGACAUUAUUGAUAAUGUGGAGGCGUCUAUGUUGUAUAGAGAUGGUUUUGUGAUUGAUAGGGAUGCUAUUAAGCAGUUCAGGAAGAAUCCUUGCUUCCUCAGUGGGGAGGCGAAGAAGCCCGGGGAGACGAUUUCCAAAGGGCAUAAGAACUACGAGCUGAUGCUCAAUCUCCAGCUGGGAAUUAGGUAUUCAAUAGGGAAGCAUGCUUCCGUGUCGCCUACUCUUAAGCUCAGUGAUUUUGAUCCUAAAGAAAAGUUUUGGACAAGGUUUCCACCUGAGGGAUCGAAGCUUACGCCCCCUCAUCAAUCCAUUGACUUUCGUUGGAAGGACUAUUGCCCUGUGGUUUUUAGACAUUUAAGGGAGCUAUUUCAUGUUGAUCCUGCGGAUUAUAUGCUAGCCAUUUGCGGGAGCGAUGCUCUGAGAGAGCUUUCGUCUCCUGGGAAGAGUGGAAGUUUCUUUUACUUGACACAGGAUGAUAGGUUCAUGAUCAAGACAGUGAAGAAAUCAGAAGUCAAGGUGCUUACUAAAAUGCUUCCAAGCUAUUACCAGCAUGUUUGCCGUUAUGAAAAUACCCUUGUGACUAAAUUCUUUGGUGUCCAUUGUGUCAAACCAGUCGGGGGCGUCAAGACGCGUUUCAUUGUGAUGGGAAACAUGUUCUGCUCAGACUACCGAAUUCAUCGAAGGUUUGAUCUGAAAGGAUCAUCCCAUGGCCGCAGAACUGAUAAGCCCGAGGGAGAGAUUGAUGAAACCACAACUCUCAAGGACCUCGACUUGAACUUUGUAUUUCGUUUGCAGACCAAUUGGUAUCAAGAACUUAUCAAGCAAAUUGAUCGCGACUGUGAGUUCUUGGAGGCAGAGAGAAUCAUGGAUUACAGUCUCUUAGUAGGUCUUCAUUUCCGCGAUGAUAGUACUCGAGACAAAAUGGGAUUGUCGCCUUUUCUAUUGCGCACAGGAAAGAGUGAUUCAUUUCAAAAUGAGAAGUUCAUGCGUGGCUGUCGUUUCCUCGAAGCAGAACUGCAAGACAUGGAUCGAGUUCUAGCUGGCAGGAAACCACUGAUCAGGCUAGGUGCCAACAUGCCGGCACGAGCCGAGCGCGUGGGUCGGAGGAGCGACUUUGACAAGUAUUCCAGCGGAGGACUUAGCAAUUUGAGACCCUCGCGCAGUGGUGAAGUUUACGAAGUAGUUCUCUACUUCGGGAUCAUCGACAUUUUGCAAGAUUAUGACAUCAGCAAGAAGCUCGAACACGCGUACAAAUCGUUGCAGGUGGAUUCGACCUCAAUCUCAGCCGUUGAUCCGAAACUGUAUUCCAAAAGAUUCCGGGAUUUUGUCGGGCGAAUAUUUAUGGAGGACAGGUGAACUGAUGCCAAUUGUCGAGUGUUGUGUUCUUAGGCGAGUCUUGAAUUCUACGGGACGAGCAUUGCCACGUAGGAUAUGCCAAAGCGCCACACCUUGAAUCACGGCUACAAGAAGUAUAUUAUAAGCACGGCCAGGGCAUCCAACGAGGGUCCAACCAAGCCAAGGGAAUGGCGGAUCGCGCGCACGAGCCGAGUUGGUGACUUGUAAGUUUGUUUGUACAUUCAAAUGUGGGCUUUUUUGGGUUAAUUUUUUGUUAGUGAAUGUAAGAUUUGGGGAAUAGGAAAAAGGGGAAAUUAGUGUUUCCCCAAGAAAAAGAUUCAAAUAUGGGAGAUGGGAUUUUGAAUAAUGGCAUUGUACAGCAUAUACAGGAAAAGGAGUUAUUAAAUUAUUGAAGAAAAUUUUGUUGAGAUUUCAAA